GCCUUUUGUUUUUACCCUUGGAGGGAGGAGGAAGAGAUUAGAAUACGUGACGUUCUUUGUUUGAUCCGAGGGAGGGAGGUGGGAAGCAGGUGGACGUGAUCUGAAACUGAGAGGGAGAGAAAAGAUUGAUGAAGGAUUGAAUUUUUCUCACCUUCUCUAUUUGACAUCCCUUCCUCCCUCCCUCUUUUUCUCUCUGUUGCUCCUCCUCCACAAAACCACCGCAGAAAGUGUCUCCCGUCUCUUAAAAUUUUGAUUCGCCUUUUGCCCUUUCCUUUUUGAUUGGUUUCGUGGCAUCUCCUUUUUGAUUGGUUUCGUGGCAGAAGAUAUGUCGGCACAGCCAAAGCCGAACAGGCUUUAUCAAGUCUGGAGGGGAAGCAAUAGGUUCUUCUGUGGUGGGAGACUGAUAUUUGGUCCAGAUGUUGCUUCACUAUUUCUAACUACAUUUCUAAUAUCUGGUCCAGCAAUAACAUUUUGUUACCAGAUAAUUUCAAAAAUUCACUAUUAUGAGAAGACUGGGGGCCAGGAUGAUCAAAGCCCAGUACUUGGGCCCCCAGUACUAGUUGCGACAACAGUCAUCUUGAUAUUGGAUUUGGUUUUUCUCUUCAUGACAUCUGGUAGAGAUCCGGGUAUAGUACCAAGAAAUGCACGACCACCAGAAGCAGAUGAAGCAUUUGAUAUGACCACUCCAUCCAUGGAAUGGAUAAGUGGAAGAAACCCACAUUUAAGAUUGCCUCGGAUAAGGGAAGUUUUUGUUAAUGGUUUUGUUGUAAAAGUGAAGUACUGUGAUACAUGCUUGCUUUAUCGGCCACCCCGUGCUUCUCAUUGUUCCAUCUGCAACAACUGUGUUCAGAAGUUUGAUCACCAUUGCCCAUGGGUUGGUCAAUGCAUUGGACUGAGAAACUACAGGUUCUUCUUCUUAUUCAUAUCGACAACAUCUAUUCUCUGUAUAUAUGUCUUCAUCUUUUCAUGGCUGAACAUUAUUGGAGAAAAGAAAAAGUAUCACAACUCGAUUUGGAAGUCCAUGACAGGCGAGGUUCUGUCACUUGUGCUAAUUAUAUACACUUUCAUUGCGGUCUGGUUUGUUGGUGGGCUCACUGUUUUUCAUCUCUAUUUAAUCAGCACAAAUCAGACAACCUAUGAAAGCUUUCGAUACCAUUAUGAUAAGAAGGAGAAUCCCUACAAUAAGAGUGUCUUGAGAAACUUCAAAGAGUUGUUUUUCUCAAACAUCCCACCUUCAAUGAAUGACUUCCGGUCAUGGGUACUUGAGGACACAGCAGAAAUUGGAUGCUAUACCCCAAAUAUUAGAACAGAUAUCACCAACACAAAUGACAAGGUUGACAAGGAAACGGGAAGUAAGCCAGACAGCAAUUUGCCAAUAUCAAGCAUCUUGCAGAACCUGGAUUACGAUGCCAAUGAUGAAAAUUUAAACUUCAAGGACAGGCAUCUGGAUGAUGUGGUGGAUCCAUUGGUUCUUCAUGUGAUUCAAGAGUCUCAGGAACCAGGAGAAUCUAACCAUAUCUGGGAAGCAGCAGAUGGAGUGGCUGUGGACGUAAUUGUUGAGAAGGAAGCAAUUGAAAUGGUUGUCGAUGACUGGGCUUAUGAGGGAAGCUGCUCAAAUGGAAUCUCAGCUUCUAUUGAUCAUGUUAUCCAUGUGCCACAGACAUGAGCGGCCAAGUCCAAAGUGUUUCUUCCAAAAGCUCAGAUACAUGCUUUUAAGUUCUCAGAAGCUGAAAUGCCAGGUUUGGUUCUUGUAAAAAAGCGAAGUUUAUCUCGUAGAUGUGUUGCCAUAGAUCCUGAAAAGGAAAAAAAACAGAUUCAUUCCUCUUUUCAAUUAAGCUCAAAUUUUGAAAUCACAUUUGUUGUACCAAGCACAAUAUAUUGAGUUCAAAAUAAUUGAGGCAACAAAAUGAGAGGAAUGAUAGAUCCAGUGCUGAAAGAAGGGGGCGUUUGGUUUGUAAGCA